CCCGAUCAAGAUGUCAGUGGAGCAGGCGAGCGCGAGUGACACCGAGGACAAAUCUCAUCUUUAUUCAGGGGGUGUUUUCCUCACUACUGUAGCCACAGCGGGUAUGAUCGCAGGGUUCGGAUCCACCCUCGCCAUGGCUAAGAAGAAGAGUCCUGACUGGUUUAAUAAGGGUGUAAUAGGAACCGCUGCGGUGCCAGAAAGCGGUGCGUCAUUAGCGUUGCGGGCGUUGGGAUGGGGUUCCCUUUACGCCUGGUGUGGAGUUGGUCUCCUGAGCUUCACCAUUUGGAAGGCUCUAGGCGUCCCACAGCCUGAAGGAAUUCGCCAGAAAAUGCAGUCCAUUUUCCACUCCGUGCCCAAAAAUGAAGAGAAUUCUGCUCCAUUUGAUUGGAAUUUCCAUCUUCAAGUCAAAAUGAGAAACAAUUACGGUCUAUUAUCAAGAAUGCACCGCCUUAACUGACUGCCGGGAAAGAUUGUUUAUCAGAUGGUCAGCCAGGUCAAGUGUGAGGCAACCAGUUGAUUCAAUCAGCCAAUUUUCAAUCCAGUAACAAGUUUGAGGUCACAGCACUGGAAAAUGCCUCGAUGAAGGCCUGGACAAUUCAGUGUGGUUCUUUGUCUCAGUUUCUGGUGCCACACUGGAUUUCUCACAGCCUGAGCCACAAGACUUUGACUCUGCUCUUGCAGUCA